AUGGAAGAAGAGGAAAUCGAUGUGGAAUCCUUCGAUGAUGCAAAUUUGGAGUCCGCGGAAACCGAUUUUCCCUGCGAACACUGCAAAUUCGUCGGAAAAUCCGCUAGAACCCUGACAAGACACAAAAAUCAGGCUCAUGCGCAGAUUCACGAGAUUAAAGUGCGCUCGUCUCGCGGCAGAGGAAGACGGAAAAAAGAGGAAUUCGAGGUGGAAAAUCCGCCAAUUCCAGCCCGUCGAGUGACCACAAAAGAGCUUCUAGGCGGUCGGAAGAGGCCCAAGACAGUCCCAAUCGAUGAUUCAGCAUUGAGAACCAACCAAGAGGCUUCUAGACUCCUAGAAAUGGGUCUUAUCACUGCUGAAACUUCAAUUGGUGAAUAUCUACGUCGUGGUGGUGGUGGCGGGGAACACUAUUUGGCAGAUGAUAUGGAUCCAGAGGAGAUGAUUGUGGGGGAAGAGGUGGUUAUUGGGGAGCACGAUGUUUUGGAAGGCGAGGAAGAGAUUCCGUCGAGGAAAUUCCCUCAACUAAAACCCCGUCGCUACUCUGAUAAGCUACCCGAACGUAUAACCAUUGGAGAUCCUCAAGGAAAAUACAAAUGCUACAUCAAAGGAUGCGAAUGGCGCGGCGGAUAUCGAUCCCUCCGAAUGGACCAUAUCAAAGCGCUCCAUCCGGACUGGAAAAUGCCAUCCAGAUAUAUACUACAGCGAAUUACGAAAAACGGAGAAUACAAAGAGGACGAAGAGCACAUUCCACCGUUUGCGUGCGGAGUGGAAGGAUGUGAUUGGAGGGGGAACUUUAGAGCUUCCCGAUCAGCUCACAUGAGAAAGAAUCACCCGGAGGAGCAUGCGGCGAAGAAAAAACUGGCUCCUGGCUACAAUUGUAAUGGCGACCACCCCUGUCAUAUUCCAUCGUGUGGUUGGAGAGGAUGGUCCAGGUCCACGAGAUCGGCGCAUUUGAAAAAAGCACAUCCCGGGUAUAGGCCAGAGGAUAAUCGAGUUUUGAUGGUCCUUUCCUGCUCCUUCUGUGAUCUCUCCUUCAACACCUAUCCCCUUCUCGUCGAUCACAUAGCCAGCCACGGUGGCGUUGGACUCCACGUCGAGCAUUUUUUCAGCUCCAGACAAGAUUUCGAGGAUUGGAUGCGUCGAAUCGAACAGCACUACUCGAUUGCACUGGAGCGACACGAUCCGUGUGAUCCGUCGGAUAGUCAACAGGAGCAGACCAUUUAUUAUUAUCAUUGUAGUAUAGUCGGCGUUCGAGGGACACAGUUGGCAAAUAAUGCGAGAACAUUCACUCAUAAUCACCACCACUACCUCAAGCACCGCUCCAAACAACUUCUAACCCGCCAGAAAAGCGAUUGCUCAGCUCAUUUGGAAGUUCGCGAGAACUUUGUAGACGGCUCCCUCCAUGUAAAAGGCACUCUGGAGCACACUGGCCACCGUUUUGGCACCCCAUUGCUCAGAAUGCUUCCCCCUGAACGUCAAUUAUUCUGUAACCUUGUUGAUUGGAAGCACUCUGGAGGCACCGAAUUCCAAGCGCUAGAUGUCGUGGAUCAGCUGACAAGUCACGAUGGUUAUGCGAUGGAGAAUUAUGAGCCAGCGAAAGAGGUGACUCUGAUGGAUCCCCUAGAUCAGAAUCCGUUGAUUUCAAUGAGAAUUUUGAUAUCACAAUCGGAUCCGGAGUGCUGUUUCUCUGUGAAAUUCGACGAGUACAACCUUCAGAAAAUGUCGUUUGGCUAUCAAAACGAAGAAAUGCAGAAGGCGUGGCACGAUUUUGGACCCAACGGCAUUGUUACCAUCGACACGGAUCUCAUUGACUUUUGCCACGUGUCACUCACCCAGUAUACGGUACUUUUGUUGGAUGAUAACAGCGUUCCGAGGUGUGCAAUGAUGUAUCUAACGACGGAUGCGGGUACGGGUCCAGAAACUGUGAUAAAUCGAUUGAUAGAAUUGGAUGGAAGAGCUCCAAAGAUAUUCGUCACGGAUCCUUCUCAAUGUUGGGUGGAUUUGAUUCAAAAAGCCUAUGAAACCAGCAGCAGCCCUCCCAAAGUCUUUAUCAGCGAGUGGAGUUUGAUAGAUUAUUGGUCUGCUAAAGUUCAAGAAUUCGUUGAAAACGAUCUGGACCUUUUUUCCCUGAUUGCGGCUCUCCGACGAUCGCUGAGGACUGAGGAACCAGUUCAGCUUUAUUCAUUCUUCGUGGAGCUUCUAGAAGCGUGCUACGAGUGUGGAUUCGAUAAUCUGGCUUCGUUCUUCGAUUCCCAACUAUCAGAUCCAGAAUAUUUCAAACGAUGGAGCCCCUUGAAUCGUUCUGGCGACGCUAGCCAUCUCUACGUAAGACUUGGUGUCGCUUCUCGGACACUGAGGGACAUGUAUUUGGGCCUGGAGGAAAUUCCACGCGUCGAUCAAUGGUUCGCUUAUGCCACUAAACGAAUUCAAGACUUUAACUCGGUCGAAUCCACUCACGCCUACUCUACAAAGCCUAUUGAGCAUCCAAGGAAGUUCUACUACGGUAGUGUUGAUGUCGAUCAGCCGGAAGAGGUGAUUUACGAAGAGGAGGAAAUUCUGGCCGGCGAGGUGGUGGAAGAGGAAAUUAUAGGCCAUGAGAUUCAAGAGGAGUUGACGCUUCAAGAGGGAGAGGAGCUGAUUUAUGAGGAGAUUGAGGAGCCAGAUCUUUAUCAGGAGCAAGAACGAGUCCAAAAACGUCCAGAAGCUUCUGGAAAUGGCCCGAAAACUCUAGAAAUGAUGGAGACAGAAGAGCAAGUUGUGGAAGUGGUCGAUGAAAGGUUGAAUAAUGUGUCGAAAAUCCCACCACAUCGUCUAAGGAUCUCAGAAUUGCCGAAAAUCCCAGAACCACCUCCAAUUCGUCGUCGAGAAACCACGAAAUCAGUGAUUAGAAGUCGCCCAAAAAGGGAUCGAUUCGCGGAUCUACGGGAUUGCCCUCCAGAAGUGAUGCGAGCGAUCGCUGCACACGCCAUAGCUUAUGAUGGUCGUCGAAAAGAGCAAAGCCCAUUUAUGUUCGUCCCAGAGGCGGCGAAAAUGGCGACGAAUGGAACGCCAAGCGUACCAACACCCGAUAUGCGUCCGUUUGGAGCGCCGGCGGCUCGUCGGAUGACGCCAGCGCAGAUGACGUCGAUUCAGGAGCAGCGGAGGCUGAAGAGAGAUCAACAGAAAUGGUAUCGGAGAGGAGAAGAGGGUGAAGAAGGAGACGUAGAAGAGGAGAUCGUGGAGGAGCCAUCCUCCCCUCCGCCAAAAUAUAUUCCACCCCACCGCUUGCCACGUGGCACCACAACCACCGCCAUCCACCAGCAGCAUCAUGAAGAGGUAGUUGAAGAAGAAGAUUACGAUCCAGAUGCAGUUCCAAUUUAUGAAGAAGUCGUUGAAUAUAUUCACGACGACGAAGAAGAGGGUAUUUACGAGGAACACGUGGCUUAUGAUCAUCCAGAUGCGAUGGUUGUCCAUGAAGAAGAAGUCGUUGACGUCGACGACAGUCAGCCCUGUACAUCGUCAUCUAUGUAUCGUUAA